CCAUUUCCCCGGGUUUCCUGUCUCUCAUCUGUCUGACUUCUAACUAUCACUGCAACCGUAUCUCAUUCUUCAGCCUGAUGUCACAUGCCGAAGAUCAGAAGUUCCUAAUCCAUAGGAGUCCUCAGUCGCAGGCAUUCCAAUGAUGUGGCUGUUUUUAACAACAACCUGUUUGAUUUGUGGAACUUUAAAUGCUGAUAAAAUCUUUAAUUUGGAAAGAGAAGCGAAUCCUGAAACGUGGAUGAAUACUAGUGAAAUCAUCACCUAUAAUGGCUACCCCAAUGAAGAGUAUGAAGUUGUCACUCAAGAUGGGUACAUCCUCAGCGUCAACAGAAUUCCUCACGGGCGAAGAGAUACUAGGAGUGCAGGUCCCCGGCCAGUUGUGUACAUGCAGCAUGCCCUGUUUAUAGACAAUUCUUCCUGGCUUAAGAAUUAUGCCAAUGGAAGCCUUGGAUUCAUUCUCGCAGAUGCAGGUUACGAUGUCUGGAUGGGGAACAGUCGGGGGAAUGUUUGGUCAAGAAAACACAAAACACUUUUUGAUGAAAUGGCCAAAUAUGAUCUCCCGAGCAUAAUAGACUUCAUUGUAAAUAAAACUGGGCAGGAGAAGUUGUAUUUUGUUGGACAUUCACUUGGCACUACAAUAGGGUUUGCAGCCUUUUCCACCAUGCCUGAAGUGGCACAGAGAAUCAAAAUGAAUUUUGCCUUGAGUCCUGUGGCCUCGUUCAAAUACCCCAAGGGUAUUUUUACCAGUUUUUUUCUACUUCCAAGUUCUGUAAUCAAGAAAUUGUUUGGUACCAAAGGUGUCUUUUUAGCAGAUAAGUCAGAGAAGCCACCUUUUGCCACAAUGUGCAACAAUAAAAUAUUAUUGGUGCUAUGUCGUGAAGUAAUGGACUUAUGGGCAGGAUUCAUCAGGAACAAUCUGAAUAUGAGUCGAAUGGACGUGUACAUGUCACACUCUCCCACCGGAUCGUCAAUACAGAACAUCCUCCAUAUAAAGCAGCUUUACCGAUCUGAUGAAUUCAGAGCUUAUGACUGGGGAAGUGAAGCUGAGAACAUGCGUCACUACAAUCAGAGUCGUCCCCCACUGUAUGACUUGACUGCCAUGACAGUGCCUACUGCUAUUUGGGUUGGUGGAAAUGAUGUCCUUGUAACAAUCCAGGAUGCGGCCAGGGUACUCCCCCAAAUCAGGAAUCUCCGUUACUUCCAGCUAUUGCCAGAUUGGAACCACGUUGAUUUCAUCUGGGGCCUUGAUGCUCCUGAACGGAUGUACAGUAAAAUCCUAGAUUUGAUGAAGACAUAUUCCUAACUACAAUACAUCCACUUUUCCAUUAAAGCUUGCUCUCAACGCCAGGAGGCUUUGGGAAAAAGAAUAAUCAGCAGUGAGGUCUACUCCAGUAUCCUCCACCUUGUUGAUGUUGCUGAAUGUUUCCUUGUCAAGGAGUCUCAAGGAGAACAUCCCCCAAUCAAUGGUAUCCCACAGAUUUUCCACUGGUGAUUUGCAUGCUUCAUGAACAAGGAGGAAGAUCUUUCUCCCUGUCUUGCUGAUUCACCCACCUACAGAACCAAACAAGAGACAGAAAGGAAAAUUCCUCAAGGCAAGCCUCAUGUAGUGCUAAGCAUGAAGCAGAAUUAUCCCUAAACAUCCCCAUUCUUGCCUAAUUGUAAGUAGGUUGGUGUUCUCCCAAACUAGUCAUUCACCUGUGCCAUACCUGCAUGCCACCUAUGAUACUGCUUUUACAAGUCUCAGACUCAAUUUGCUUAUUUAUAUUUUAAAAAACCUUUUUGGAGCUACUAUAAAUGGGAGGAAAAGGUAUUAUUUACCCCAACUUGAAGAUAAACAUAAACUGUCACAAUGAAAAGCAAAUCAUUGAUAAUAAAAUUUCUAGAUGCCAUGACUAGUCCAGGCCACUGAGUUUUAGAACUGCCUUCUUUUUGGUAAACGUGCCCUCUUGAUUUGAAAGGGAGAUUGGCAAGUGCUAGAAACAAAGACAUAAACCCGAGUUUGGCUUCCUCCUUGCGCUCAGAAGAUUGAAAGAAAUUUGACAGUGAGUCUUUGGUAGGAUGUAUCAUGGCCCCCAAAGAUGUCCAUGUCCUAAUUCAAGAAACUAACCCUACCCCUUAUAUGACGAAAGAGAUGUUGCAGAUGUGACAAAGUUAAGGUAGUUAAGAAACUUGAGGUGAGAAGUUUAUCCUGGGUUAUCUGAGUGGGAUCAAAGGACUUACAGGGGUCCCCAUAAGAGGGAGGCAGGAAAGGCAAAGUCAGAAAAUAUGACAGUGAAACAACAAGAAGCUGGAGUGAUGCACUGAGUCAAGGAAUUCUGGCCGCCUCUGGAAUCUGGAAAAGGGAAGGAAACAGAUUCUCCCAGAAGUUUCCAUAAGGAAUGCAGCCCUGCGCCUUGAUCUUAGAUUUCUGAUCUUCAGAACUGUAAGAGAAUAAACUUACAUGAUUUUUAAGCCA